GCCGCAGCCGGGGCGAUGCUGGCCCGGAGGCCCCGCGACCCGCUGCAGGCCCUGCGGCGCCGCAGCCAGGAGCUGAAGCAACAGGUUGAUAGCUUGCUUUCUGAGAGCCAAUUGAAAGGAGCACUAGAACCCAGUAAAAGGAGAGAUAUUUACCAAAGAUGUAUCCAGUUGAAACAGGCAAUAGAUGAAAAUAAAAACACUCUUCAAAAAUUAAGCAAAGCUGAUGAACUUUCACCUGUCGGCAGCUAUAACCAGAGGAAAGAAGAGGAGCACAGUCUUUUGGAUAAGCUCACCCUCCAACUGCAGGAGCUCGCUGUGACCAUAAGUAAAGAGAGUAGAACUGAAAUUGGGGCACUUACAGAGAGAGAGGAAGAUGACAGUUCUGAGGAAGAGGAAGAAGAGGAAGAGGAAGAAGAGGAAGAAGAAGAAGAAGAAAGUGGAGAAAGUGGUGAGGAGGAAGAAGAAGAAUCAGAGGAGGAAGAGGGAGAGAAACAAGAAAAUGAAUCUCCCAAACAGGCAACAAGUAAAGAGUACAUCGCUGUUGGGGAUUUUACUGCUCAGCAAGUCGGGGACCUCGCAUUUAAGAAAGGAGAAGUCCUCCAUAUAAUAGAAGAGAAGCCUGAUGGUUGGUGGGUAGCCAGGAACGCCAGCGGAAACGAGGGCCUCGUUCCCAGAACCUACCUGGAGCCCUGUAACAAUGAGGAGGAAGAAGAGCAAGAAUCAAGUGAGGAGGGCAGUGAGGCUGAUGUGGAGGCGGUGGAAGAAACAGCAGCUGGAGCAGAAGUUAAGCAAAGAACGGAUUCCCAUUGGACUGCUGUUCGGAAAGCUAUCUCAGAGCAGAUCAACACUGUCGAUGUGUUGACCACAAUGGGUGCUAUCCCAUCCGGAUUCAGGCCUUCCACACUCUCCCAGCUUCUGGAGGAAGGGAAUCAAUUUCGAGCAAGUUACUUCCUACAGCCAGAGCUCACACCAUCACAGCUGGCCUUCAAAGAUCUAAUGUGGGAUGCUAAAGCAGGCACAAUCAAAUCAAUGCCAAGUCGCGUUUCAUUGAUCCUGACGCUGUGGAGCUGCAAAAUGAUUCCUCUUCCAGGGACGAGCAUCCAGGUUCUCAGCAGACACGUCCGCCUCUGUCUCUUUGACGGCAGUAAGGUUCUGAGCAACAUUCAUACAGUUAGGGCCACAUGGCAACCUAAGAAGCCCAAAACGUGGACAUUUUCUCCCCAGGUGACUGGCAUCCUGCCCUGCUUGCUUGACGGUGAUUGCUUCAUCAGGUCCAAUGCGCCGUCUCCAGACAUUGGAAUCCUGUUUGAACUCGGAAUUUCCUAUAUUCGCAACUCAACUGGUGAAAGAGGAGAAUUGAGUUGUGGCUGGGUGUUUCUUAAACUUUUUGAUGCCAAUGGAGUUCCUAUUCCAGCAAAAACUUACGAACUCUUCUUGAAUGGUGGCACUCCGUAUGAGAAAGGUGUGGAAGUGGACCCUUCAGUGUCCAGAAGAGCACAUGGUGGUGUCUUCCAUCAGAUGAUGAUAAUGAGAAGGCAGCCUCAGCUCCUGGUAAAACUGAGAUCCUUGAACACAAGGUCGAGAAACAUACUAAGUCUCCUGCCAGAAACAUUGAUUGGAAGUAUGUGUUCCAUCCACUUGUUGGUAUUUUAUCGACAAAUUCUUGGAGAUGUCCUCCUGAAAGACAGGAUGAGCUUGCAAAGUGCAGAGUUAAUUAGUCACCCAAUGCUGGCCACCUUCCCCAAGCUCUUGGAGCAGCCUGACGUGAUGGAUGCUCUCAGGAGUUCAUGGGCUGAGAAAGAAAGUACAUUUAAGAGAUCAGAGAAGAGAGACAAGGAGUUCCUGAAGGCCAUGUUUCUCCUGGUGUACCACGACUGUGCCUUCCCGCUUCUUCAUUCCACGCUCCUGCUCCCCUUCAAGUGGGCAGAGGAAGAGACCGAGGCCGCCCGCUGGAGGUUUAUCGCCGACUUCCUGAAGCAGAACCAGGAAAACGAGGGCGCCCUGCAAGGCCUGCUGUCGCCAGCCGGGGUCCACGAGCCUUUCGACCUUUCAGAGCAGACCUACGACUUCCUGAGCGAAGCAAGAGGGAGUGUGGCCUGACAGCGGGGCCCCGGCCCCACGUCCCACCAUCCCACCCAGUAAGUGUGGCUGACAGCGGGGCCCCGGCCCCACGUCCCACCCUCCCACCCAGUGUGGCUGACAGCGGGGCCCCGGCCCCGCGUCCCACCCUCCUACCCAGUGUGGCUGACAGCGGGGCCCCGGCCCCGCGUCCCACCGUCCCACCCAGUGUGGCUGACAGUGGGGGCCCCGGCCCCGCGUCCCACCAUCCCACCCAGUGUGGCUGACAGUGGGGGCCCCGGCCCCGCGUCCCACCGUCCCACCCAGUGUGGCUGACAGUGGGGGCCCCGGCCCCACAUCCCACCCUCCUACCCAGUGUGGCUGACAGCAGGGGCCCCAGCCCUGCAUCCCACCAAGUCUGGGGGUCCCAGAGGUGGCCCUGGCCCAACAUCCCACCAAGUUCUGGGGGGCCCUCCAUGAAGACUUGAGUAAAAUGGCAGAAACCAAGGGAGCUGUCACACAGGAGCUUAGAUCUUACUCUGUUUUUGUACAGACCAUAUGGUUUAAGAAAUAUUAGUGAGUAACUGGGAUAUGUUUUAAAACAAUAAAAUAAAUUU